AUCAUCAUCAUCAUGGCGCCAUAUGCCCACACCCGCCUGCCUACGUCGGACCCGUAUAGCAAUGCCGCGCUCAAGGCCGACCUGCAUGCCUCUGAGCUUGACGGUCAUGCCGGCGUCCGCCUCGGCCUCACGGCGCUCCUCGCCGUCCUCCCUGCGCUAGCUGUCCUGGCGCUGCUCAACCCGGUGCCUGGCCUCCUUUCCGCGAAGGGCGUAGCGCAGGCCUUCCUCUCGCUGCCUCUUGCAGCCUACCUCCUGACGCCGGCCAUGUCUCGUGUUGUCCGCUCCUGGAGCUCCGGCCCGGACGACUGGCGUGUGCUCGCGGUGUCGCUAGUGUUGCUGUGGAUGCGCCUUGCGCUGCUGGCGAUGGUGUUCUUCCUCGACGAGCGCGAGCACGUGGUUAAGUGGAUUAUCAGCAUAUUCGCGAUCCUCGAGUACGCAUGCGCCGCUGUGUCGCACGUCACGCUCUUGCCCGCCGCCGACUUGGCCUGGCUGACGAAGCGCCGCGAGGAGAGCGCCGAACGGCAAAACGAGAUUAUGGACCGCGUCGCCGUGGCGGUCGGGUGGACGAUACCAUGCACGGCGGUGUACUGCGGGGUUGUAGCGCUCGUCAAGGCAACACAUAUCUCGAUGAUCCGCGGUGCACUUUCGGGCGCAGAGACCGGUGCCAUUGCUGCAGUGGCAUCUGCUAGCUAG